UUCACACGAGCAUUGCAGAAGUUUACUUUUUUGCCAGCUUUUACCACUUAAUCGAGAGAUGACUUCCAGAGUGUUAUUUCGAAGAUUAAACUCACUGUGUCUGGCAGUACCCACACUCCACAAAACUCUCUUGGCAAGGAGAAUUCUACUGUCAAAAGACUCGUUACCAUCUUCAUCACUGGUACAGCAAGUUGCAAGAAUCUCAACCACAAUUCCUCGAAGGGACGCUUGUAGUUUCAAUGUACAGGAUGAUGAAGAUUUUAAGAAACGUGUCCUCGAAAGUGAUAAGCCUGUCGUUGUUGAUUUCCAUGCAUCUUGGUGUGGCCCAUGUAAAAUCCUCGGUCCCUCUCUUGAGAAGAUUAUUUCUAAUUGGAAGGGAGAUGUUUUAUUGGCCAAGGUUGAUAUUGAUGAACAAGACUUAGAAGAUACUGUUUCAUCAUAUAAAAUUCAGGCAGUACCGACUGUUAUUGCCGUGAAAAAUGGAAAGGUGUUGGACACGUUUAUGGGAGUCCUGGAGGAUGACCGUGUCGAACAAUUUGUAGAACAACUUGUUGGACAUUCACCUAAAAAAUAGCUUCAGAGCGAUAUAUAUCAUAACAACAUUAGGAAAUUCUCAAAUAAGAUCAUUGUAAGCCAAUAGCAUGUUUAAUCUACAGAUCUCAAAUACAAAAUUUGAUGCACAAAAAAGAUGAACUGAUGAACAACAAAUUGUAAACCCACAUGAUACUAUUGUCCACAGAAGCUUUCGCUGUGUUUACGCAAUGUGAUAUGAUGUUUGGUGUCAAGGUUUAGCUAAACUGGGCAACGGCUGUCCCCUACAAGUAUUAUUAAUAGAACACUGUGGAAGGCUAGCUUUUCCUCUUUUUAUUUUGAAGGAUAUUUCUGUAAGGCUACAUGAUUCCAAAAUCUAAUUUCAAAACACUUGAUGGAUGGAUAAUUGAUAACGAAUGAUAGUCAUAUGAUUGAUGCAUUGUUGAUACCUGGUGGCACAUAGGCCCUCAACCAGGCUAUCCCAACUCUGCCUGUUGGAGGGGUGAUAACUUUUCCUCAGUUCCGGGAUGUGACAGGUAUACCAGUAACACCCAUAGCAAUGCCCUACCAUAGAUUUAUAUACUUUGAACAGAGUCAUGUACUUGCUUUCUGGGAACUGAGGGACUGUCAACUGGGAAUGACAGUGGCAUGAACAAUGUUAUAUGAAUGAUUGUGUUCAGAGGUGCAGUGUGCUAGUAUUUUUAUUAUGGUUGUAUAUGGCCAAUGUACAUCAAUAAAAAUGUAAUAAAUAA